CUGGAACACAAGUGACAACAUGGACAAUCUGAGUGGCCUCGUGUGUACCACUUAACAUAUAAUCAUGACUUCUUGACACUACACUCCAAGGACUGCUACUACCUUCAAUAGGCAAACUGUGUGGUUCAUGGAGUUAAUGGUUUUAGGUGAUUUGACGUAGAUCCCCAGGCACAAAGACCAUAGAUUGUCAUCUAAGUUAUUGAUGAGGUAGGGUGCUUAGUAAACGAGAAAAUUGUGCUGGUCACUGAGACAAUGGAUGCCCAGAUGCUUCAAGGCCUUUGGGCUCCAGAUAACCAACAACAGCACACACAGGCACUUGAAUACCUACAACAACUACGUGAGAGCCCUGAUGGUUGGCAGUUAUGUGGGGCAACACUCACAGCUGGUGGAACGCCACUGGAUGAGAAAGUCAAAUUUGUGUGCUUGCAGGUUUGUAUGUUUAGCCUAAUGUGCCUGUUUACUAACCUUAAAAAUUGCCACCCUUUACACAUACUGUAUACAGUGGUAGACAGAGAAAUUAUACACUCACAAGCAGAAACUGAUCGCAACAGUAGAAUUAAGGAUACCAUGAGAGAACAUAGUGUUGUAGAUCUGACAAAUUCCUGGUAUGACAUAUUAGUGAAGUAUGACAAAUCUCACCCGGAGCUAGUGUGUCAGUGCCACGACGUAAUUGGUGCCUACAUUUCCUGGAUUGAUAUAUCCCUUAUUGCUAAUGACAGAUUUGUAUGUAAGCUGGUGGAUCAUCUAAAGGAGCCUUUACUAAGGGAAGCUGCUGCUGACUGUAUCCAUGAAAUCAUCACAAAAGGCAUGGACCCUGUCACCAAAACCCAACUCAUAGAAUCUUUCGUUACAGUACUGGAUCAAGCAGGUGUUUUAAAACCAAUAGAUGAUGAUGAUUCUGACUUUGUUGUGAAGCUUGCUCGCCUGAUUAAUGGGAUUGGAGUUCAGCUUAUUCUUGCAUGGCAGAAAUUGGAUAAAAAAGACAAUAGCAAGAGAGAAAUGGUUCGACAAGCUGUGGAGAACAAGGUUACAUUGCUUCUGACUUUUAUGGCCAGUGAAUACGAUGAUAUAUCUGCAGCAGUUUUUGAUUUUGCUCGGGACUACAUCCAGUUAAUUAAGCAAACUGGUCAAAUCUCAAGUGUGGAACGUGGUCUACUUGAAAAUAUGCUCUACGUAGUUAUUACCAAGACUAAAUAUGAUGAAUCAUACAACUUUGAACAGGCAGGAGAAGAUGAAGCUAUAUUUGAUGAUUACCGAAAAAAGCUCAAAGUUGUAUUUGAUAAUUUAGCAGCCUUGAUACCUGAACUUGUGUUAAAAAGCUUAAAUUUAUUGAAAUUUUAUAUCCUACUACUACAGGUAAAAACGUCUACAAUGCAGGAAAUGAUGCGAUUGCUUAUUACCUCCGGUGUAUCAGGUCAUAGCCACCCAGCUGUCUCUCUCCAAUUUUUUGAGUGUGUGGCACGAUAUGAAAAAUUUUUCUCAUGUGAGCCUCAGUAUAUCCCAGGGAUUUUGGCAGCUUUCCUUGACUCCCGUGGCAUGAGAAACCGAACCCCAAGGGUGCGUAGUAGAACAAGUUAUUUGUUCUCCCGCAUUGUGCGUUGCCUCAAAACCCAUAUUAUUGGCUACACAGAAGACAUUCUGAGUCAGCUCACAGACUUGCUGGUAAUGGCACCUCCUAACAAUGGUCAAACUACACCUCUGCUGACGAAUGAUGAUCAAUUGUAUGUGUUUGAAGCUGCUGCAACGCUUAUCAUAUCAAGUAAUAAUGAAGCACAUCGUAAGGAAAUCUUGAUGAGAAAUCUUCUGUCACCAGUCUUUGCCAAAGUGAGCUGCCUGGCAGAGAGACUUGCUCAGGAACAAGAUCCUAUUAGACAAAUGAACAUUGCAAAAAGUAUCUGUCAUGCAACUUCAGUCACAGCACGUACUUCAAAGGCAUUUUCCAAUCAAAACACAGUUCAAGCAUGUGGUUGUGUGCAGCUUUACUUGGAUGCCCUGCAGCUGUUCAUUAACUGUCUCAGUGUUGGUGUGGAAAGAGAAAUAGUGGGAUCUGGUGUGCGGCAGCUGAUGCACAGAUUAGUAGUUUGUCUGGAUGGAGGAAGCUUGCUGCCUUUACUGCCUCCGGCCUCUCAGGCUCUCCUCCACACACCUUCACCUACUGUCCACGAAUAUCUUCCCCUCAUCAAUCAGAUCAUCACCAAAUUUCAGAAGGAUAUCAGUCCAUUCCUGCAAAGCAUAUUUGUUCCGCUAGUAUCAGCCAUCUUCACUGCUCUCUCAGAACCACUUGAGGACAAUGAUGAAGAAGAAAAAAGAACGAGAAGAUUGCUUCAACGGAACUAUUAUCUUUUUCUAACUACUAUUGUAUCAAAUAAUCUUUUGGAUGUUAUGGCUUCUCUAGACUCUAGUAUUUUACAGCAGGUCUUGAUGUCUGUAGUACAAGGUGCAGUGGAAUUUCCUGAUCCAGUAGCUCAAAAGAAUUGUUUUGUUAUCUUAAGGCGUCUCACAGAAGCAUGGGGUGUAAAGGAUGCAGGUCCUCCAGGCUUUGUUGAAUUUUUAUAUACACAGGUUGUUCCAGCAUGCUUCUUAGCACCACUGAAAACUAACUUUGAUCUGAAUGAUGCACAGACUAUCUUGGCUCUUCAUGAAUCAGUAAUGUGUCUACAUUCUAUUUACAAGAAAAGAGGUGAUGAAUUGCUUUCAUAUUUACGUUCAGAAUAUUUACCGAAGAUGGAACUAUCUCCACAACUUAUUAAUGAGUACUGUCAGGCCCUCACAUCUGAUGUAAAAUUCUUUAGAAAUUAUAGCAAAUUGUUCUUUCAGAGAGCAAAGUCAUGAAAUGUGGAUAUAAACUUAAUUAAUAUGGCAUUUGUAGCUUUCUUAUGGUGCAUUGGUGAGAUUCUUACUGUAAAUUGUAUACACAAUAUUGUUAAUAGGAAAUAUGCUAAAAUAAUAUAUCUAGUCAUAUCUGCUGAAAACCAGUAGUUGAUAACUGUAAUAUCCUAAGUGACUGAAAAUAUUGGUCUUUUUUUACAAUGUCAUUAAAUUUUAAUCAUUGCAGAAUUUAUUUUAUAGUGUUAAUGGAGUUUAUUUACUGAUAUAUCAUGAUUUAUUUUGCCUGUUCAGCAUUUCAUACAGAGUUAUCUGGUGAGCCCAGAGGCUAACAGGGAUGAUUCACUACCUGAACCAUUCAAAAUGUUACAAACUCUUCCUCCAGAUUAUUUAUAAAGUUUGAGUGGAAUUACUGCAUGAACCCUCAUUUGAUAUAAUUACAGGCUGUUUUAUGCACACACAUUCUUGAGAUUCCCUUUUCCUUUAAUUUUUUUGAGUUAUGGUUGAAAAACGGUCUUACAAGUAAUUAAAUUAACACAGUAAUUGAU